ACAAAGAAGGAGCCGGGUAAACGCCAGCGGCGCGAGUCCUCUAAUGAGCUGUGCGUUGAAGAGCUAUCGCCAGAUGAUAUGGGCUAUGAGGGAGAUGGAGAAGUGCUCCGACCAGAUCACUACGAAGAAAUCGACUCGGACUUCGAAGAUGAUAGAAAUGUACGCCAACAAUGGCCUGACACAGAUGAGGAGCUCGCACGGAAGCUAGGACUGCUCGUUUGUGAUCCAGAACACGGUGAUUCCCCAUGGGACGAUGACGCCGAACAUGGCAAGAAGCGAAGAUCAAAGGAAAUGGAAAGUGAGAUGCCAUCACAGGGUGUGCACAGCGACUUGGAGAUAUCGGAGCUCGUGGAAGGGCAGCCAGACCAUCGUCCAGCAAGGAAGAGAAGAAAGCGGCCCAGUCAGCAGAGCAUGGCGCAUCGACUGGGCCGCAAGCAUGUCAACGGGACAUGGUCUGAUAGUUCAGAGAGAACAGAUGACACGGAGAUGCCAUUGUUGCUGGAGUCUUCCUGCUCCGGCACCCCCGAAGUCACUCCAGCGCCAGAAGGCUUUGGACGCGAUGAUGAUGACGCGAUGGAUGUUGGAUGA